CACCAACUGUGGAAAAAUUCGCUUCUACUGUUGGGAUACUGCCGGGCAAGAGAAAUUUGGUGGGCUCAGAGAUGGAUACUAUCUAUAUCCAUGGGCAAUGUGCGAUUAUCAUGUUUGAUGUUACUGCCCGUUUAACAUACAAGAAUGUCCCAACAUGGCACAGGGAUCUUUGCAGGGUCUGUGAAAACAUACCAAUUGUGCUGUGUGGAAACAAAGUUGACGUGAAGAACAGGCAGGUUAAGGCCAAGCAGGUCACUUUCCACAGGAAGAAGAAUCUGCAGUAUUAUGAAAUUUCAGCUAAGAGCAACUGUAGCUUUGAGAAGCCUUUCCUAUACCUCGCCAGGAAGCUUGCUGGGGAUCCUAAUCUGCACUUUGUUGAAUCCCCUGCCCUGGCUCCUCCAGAAGUUCACAUUGAUUUGGCUGCACAUCAGCAGCACGAGGCUGAGCUUGCUGCAGCUGCUAGUCAGCCCCUCCCCGAUAAUGACGAUGAUGCAUUUGAGUAGAUGUGAAGAUUGUCGGUGGGGUGUGUGUGUGGGUUUCAUUCGUAAUAUUUGUGGGUCUUUUGGGCUGUUUCUUCAAGACGGAACUGCUGGUGUUGCUAUUUGUAAGAGUUUCCUUGUGUUAUUGAGGAUGUGAAUUUGCGGGUGCCAAGCUCUAUUGUUUUACUUGUCUGAUUUCUAUAUUACAAA